AUGAAGGUAUUGAAUUUGCUUGGCGCAGUUAUCUUCGCUACUUGUGUGGUAGCAGGAUCCCCACGAGCCAAUGGGCAAGAUAAGAACAGAGUUGAAAAGAGAGAAAGAUGGGAUAUGGAUAGAAUUAACUCCCUUGCGUGUGAUAUGAACGGUACUGUGGUAUCAGACAAGCGUCGUCAUUGUAAGGACUGA